ACACGCCUGCCUUGGGGAGCGCAUCCAUCAGCCAGCCAGCGCUCUCUUCCCCCCCUCUGACAAAGAGCACAGACUCCAUGGACCGUGCUGACGAAGCAGCGUCUCGCUGCUCGGCUCCGUGCGCCGCAUGGGCAACCAAUACAUGCCAGGGGAUUUGGGGGUGCCUCUGUCUUAACAACAGGUCGCAUGGCUAAUCCCUCUCAUCCCUCUCUGUCCCGGCGCGGCGGGGAGAGGCGUUUCCUCCGCCCCGUGUUAUCGGAACGAGGGGCCGCUCGGCUCGACUGUGCGUGAUGAGGCAGAAGCCAGAGAACCGGCUACAACCGGGCUUCCAGUCCUGAGAGCGCCGCUUAAAGAGGGGGAAAGGACGGGGUGGCAAGGCGAGAGCAGCGUGGAGCAGGUGGAAUGCCCGGCUGAGGCGCCCCGCCCAGGAUGGAAAUUGAUGCCAGAUUCCGCUACUACUUCCAGCACCCCUGGUCACGCAUGGUGGCGGCCUACCUGGUCAUCUUCUUCAACUUCCUCAUCUUCGCCGAGGACCCGAUCUCGCACAGCCAGACGGAGGCCCACAUGAUCGUCGUGGGAAACUGCUUCUCCUUCAUCGUCAACAAGUACCCUGGCGGGGGCUGGAACUUCCUGAAGGUCCUGCUCUGGCUGCUCGCCAUCGUCACCGGGCUGUUCGCCGGGAAGUUCUUCUUCCACCAGCGGCUGUUCGGUCGGUACUUGCGGCUGAAGAUGUUCCGGGAGGACCACGGCUCCUGGAUGACCAUGUUCUUCAGCACCAUCCUCUUCCUCUUCAUCUUCUCACACAUCUAUAACCUCUUCCUCCUGAUGGCGGGGGACAUGGGGCCCCACAUAGUGAAUGACUACAUGGGAAUCCGGAAUGAGAGCUUCAUGAAGAUGGCAGCGGUGGGAACCUGGAUGGGGGAUUUUGUGACAGCGUGGAUGGUGACGGACAUGAUGCUCCAGGACAAGCUGUAUCCGUGCUGGGGAACGGCUGCCAGAAGGUUCUGGAAGCAGGGAAACAACAGGAUCGUCCUCUUCUGGACGGUUCUGAUCUCCCUCACGUCCGUGGUGGUUCUGGUCAUCAGCACGGACUGGAUCAGCUGGGACAACCUGAACCGAGGCUUCCUCCCGAGUGACGAGGUGAGCCGGGCCUUCCUCGCCUCCUUCAUCCUCGUCUUCGACCUCCUCAUCGUCAUGCAGGACUGGGAGUUUCCUCACUUCAUGGGGGAUCUGGACGUGAACCUACCGGGGAUGCCCACCACCCAGGUGAAGGUGAAGCUGCCUGUGUGCAAGAGCCUCUUCAAGGAGGAGUACCACAUCCACAUCACAGGAAAAUGGUUCAACUACGGCAUCAUCUUCCUGGUGCUGAUCCUGGACCUGAACAUGUGGAAGAACCAGAUCUUCUACAAGCCCUACGAGUACGGGCAGUAUGUGGGCCCCGGGGAGAAGAUCUACACGGUGGAGGAGCCGGACACGCUGAGCCAGUUCAACCGCAGCACGCUGACCUGGGAGUGGCGCUCCAGCAACCUGGACCCGCAGACCAACCAGACCUACGUGCAGCGCGACAUGUUCCUGCACAGCCGGUUCGUGGGCACCAGCCUGGAGGUGAAGUGCCUGGCCUUCGUGCCCAGCCUGGCCGCCUUCACGCUGUUCGGCUUCUUCGUCUGGCUGCUGGGCCGCUUCCAGGAGAACGAGCAGGGCCCGGAGAACCAGGACAGCACCUACGAGCGCAUCCGCCGCAAGUCCCCCUCCGAGUACAGCAAGGACAUGGGCCUGACGCCGGAGGAGGUGCACAUCUCCAUGAGCGAGAUGCUGAGGACCACCAGGCCGGCGCUGCUCUGCGUGGAGGACCCCCACUUCAGCGCCUCCUGCGCCCCCCUCUCGCCCCCCUCCUCCCCCCCCUGCUCGCCCCUGGCACACGACACGCACCCCAGCAUCGUCAUCGAGGAGCCCUCCCUGUCCUCCGACCCGGGGCACCCCCCCUCACCCUGAGGGACCAACCCAGACCGCUGCGCUGCUGGGAGGAGAGGAUGCUGGGAGAUCAGAGAGCAUGAUCAGAGAACAUUCAAGUUCAGGAAAUGAGUUGGGUAAUAAAAUAAACUCUCAUAAACAGCAGUGUUGAACCUUGGUCCUGGAGAGCCGCAGGGCGUGCUGGGGUCCUCACUCCUGGUCCUGGAGAGCCGCAGGGUGUGCUGGGGUCCUCACUCCUGGUCCUGGAGAGCCGCAGGGUGUGCUGGGGUCCCCAGCCCUGGUCCUGGAGAGACGCAGGGUGUGCUGGGGUCCUCACUCCUGGUCCUGGAGAGCCACAGGGUGUGCUGGGGUCCCCAGCCCUGGUCCUGGAGAGCCACAGGGUGUG